UUCAUUUCCUCUUCCAAAAGAAGGCAGAGGGGAUUGGGUUGAGGAAAGAACUGGUAUAGCCUAGCUGGACUGAGCAGCUCCACCAUGAGGCUCCCUGUGUGUCUGAUCUUGCUGGGACUGCUUGUAGCCCAAGGAACCGGGAAAGACUGUCCUCACAAAAAGGCUGCUACUCUCCUGCCCUCCUUCACGGUGACGCCUACAGCCACAGAGAGCACAGCAAGCCCCACAACCAGCCACAGACCCACCACCAGUCACGGAAAUGUCACGGUUCAUCCCAGCUCUGGACCAACCACUGUCACUCACAACCCUGCCACCACCACCAGUCACGGAAAUGUCACGGUUCAUCCCAGCUCUGGACCAACCACUGUCACUCACAACCCUGCCACCACCACCAGUCACGGAAAUGCCACAGUCUUUCCCACCACCAAUGGUACUGUGGGCCCUCACCCCGGACCACCUCCACCCUCGCCAAGUCCCAGUCCAAGCUCCGACAGGGCUCUUGGGAACUACACGUGGACCAAUGGCUCCCAGCCUUGUGUUCAGCUCCAAGCCCAAAUUCAAAUUCGAAUCCUGUACCCAACCCAGGGUGGAAGAAAGGCUUGGGGCAUCUCUGUAUUGAAUCCCAACAAAACCAAGGCCCAGGGGGGUUGUGACAGUGCCCAUGCCCACCUGCCUCUCUCAUUUCCUUAUGGACAGCUUACCUUUGGAUUCAAACAGGACGCACAUCAGAGCCCAAGUACAGUCUACCUCAACUACCUGGCAGUGGAAUACAAUGUGUCCUUCCCACAGGCAGUGCAGUGGACAUUCGCAGCGCAAAAUUCAUCUCUUCGAGAGCUCCAAGCUCCCCUGGGCCAAAGCUUCUGUUGCAGAAAUACAAGCAUUGUUCUUUCUCCAACUGUUCACCUUGACCUGCUCUCACUGAGGCUGCAGGCUGCUCAGCUGCCAGACAACGGACACUUCGGGCCAUGUUUCUCGUGUACCAGUGACCAGUCCCUCUUGCUGCCUCUCAUCAUUGGCCUGGUCCUCCUUGGCCUCCUCACCCUGGUGCUCAUCGCCUUCUGCAUUACCCGGAGACGACCAUCAACCUACCAGCCCCUCUGAGCAUUCGCUUCAGUCCACUGUGGCUGAAGCCACCAAGGAGCACUCUCAUUUCUUCAACGUGCAACUGAGUCUUCCAUCUCUGUCUUUAAGAACAAAAUGAAGAGAUUUUAUAAUAGGGGUGGGGAGUUAAUAAACAUGAAUGGUACUCACUCCCUUCCUCAUGAAGAAUACAAAAGCUUAAUGAAAUCUUUCCUCUUGGCUUCCCUUGUCCUGCCGAGAUUAAAAGCCACGAGUUUCUUGUCA